CUCAGAAACACACAUUUGUUUAUGUGGAUGAGAUAAACUAAGUUGCAAAGUUUAGGAUUCGGCUUCAAAUUCCCACCCUUCAAUUUUCAUAAUCUAAUCCUUUAUCCUUUUUAAUUUUUGUCUUUAUUAUUCAAUUUUGUACUACACUUAUUUUUAUAUCACAAUUUUUGUGCAACUUUUGUUCCUCUCUUUAUAUCUCUCAAUAAUUAUUUGUCACCUCUGGGUUCCUUCACUCUCCCCAGAGUACCAACUUCAAGAGUUCAGUACUAAGUUAUUUGUUGGGGACUCUUUAGCUUAUUAAGCCGAAAAUGGAGAUCACAAAUGUCAAUGAGUAUGAGGCCAUUGCGAAGCAGAAAUUACCCAAGAUGGUGUAUGACUACUACGCAUCUGGUGCAGAGGACCAGUGGACUUUGGCUGAGAACAGAAAUGCUUUCUCCAGGAUCCUGUUUCGUCCACGAAUUCUUAUUGAUGUAACCAACAUAGACAUGACUACAACUGUCUUGGGAUUCAAGAUCUCAAUGCCUAUUAUGAUAGCCCCAACAGCCAUGCAAAAGAUGGCGCACCCUGAAGGGGAGUAUGCAACUGCCAGGGCAGCGUCAUCAGCUGGAACUAUCAUGACACUGUCCUCAUGGGCUACAUCAAGUGUGGAAGAGGUUGCCUCAACUGGACCAGGCAUCCGAUUUUUCCAGCUCUAUGUAUACAAGGACAGGAAUGUAGUUGCUCAACUUGUGCGAAGAGCUGAAAGGGCUGGCUUCAAGGCUAUUGCUCUUACUGUUGACACACCCCGAUUGGGGCGUAGAGAAGCUGAUAUCAAGAACAGGUUUGUUUUACCACCUUUUCUAACAUUGAAGAACUUUGAGGGUCUUGAUCUCGGCAAAAUGGAUCAAGCAAAUGACUCUGGUCUUGCCUCAUAUGUUGCCGGUCAGAUUGAUCGAUCCCUGAGCUGGAAGGAUGUGAAGUGGCUUCAGACAAUCACCAGCCUGCCCAUCCUUGUCAAGGGUGUACUUACAGCUGAAGAUGCAAGACUUGCUGUUCAACAUGGGGCAGCAGGAAUUAUCGUAUCCAACCAUGGAGCACGCCAGCUUGAUUAUGUUCCUGCUACUAUAAUGGCUCUUGAAGAGGUUGUUAAAGCAGCACAAGGUCGUAUUCCCGUGUUCUUGGAUGGUGGUGUUCGUCGUGGAACUGACGUUUUCAAAGCAUUGGCACUGGGUGCCUCUGGUGUAUUUAUUGGAAGGCCUGUGGUGUUCUCCCUCGCUGCAGAAGGAGAGACUGGUGUUAAGAAGGUCCUUCAAAUGAUGCGCGAAGAGUUUGAGCUGACCAUGGCACUGAGUGGUUGUCGUUCCCUUAAAGAAAUCUCGCGCAGCCACAUUGUUGCUGACUGGGACGCUUCUGGGUCUCGUGCUACUGCCAGAUUAUAAGAUUAACGUGCACAAAUAAUUAAAGCUAUAUUGAGCAAGGGAAAUGUAACAGCAUAUCUAUAAAGUUUGCUUGUUGGUGUUUUUUUUUUUUUUUUUCCCAACUAAAAAGUGCCCUCUAUUUGGUCGAAGAACUUUCAUUUUUGAUUUGCGACUGUCAAUGGAUGCUUAUGUAUUUUUGAAUGGCUACUCUGCCUUCAUUGUAUAUUCUUCUUAUAUUCCUCUUUUUAAAAUAAGAGUACUUACAUAUAUCAA